AUGGAGCGCAACGCGUUUGCGUAUUUGGAUGACAUCAUCAUCAUCAGCCGCACUGUGGAGGAACAUGUGCAGCAUCUACAAGAAAUAUUCCGACGGCUACGAAGGGCGAACCUUCGUCUCAACGCGAAGAAUUGCAGUUUUUUUGAGCGCAGCCUGGUGUACUUGGGAUACGUCAUCAGUGAGGAGGAUACGUCAUCACACGGAUCCCGACAAGAUUUCGGUAGUACGGCAACUGAGUCCGCCCACCACAUGCAAGGAGUUGAGGAGAUGUCUAGGGAUCACGUUAUGGUACAGGAGAUUUGUACCCAACUUUGCCAGCGUAGUGCAGCCCAUGUCUUUGCUACUCAAGAAAGGAAAGAAAUGCCUUUAGAAGUACUUCAGAUGAUCCAGGAGGAAAAGCCGGGAUGCACAUGGUACCAGCGGAUGCUGAAACUUGUUCAGGACAGGCCUGAGGAUUACCCGGACUACGCGUACGAGAACCAACAACCAUCGGCAUAUCGGAUCCCGACCUGA